AUGUAUCCCAUGAUCAUCGCAAGUGCAAUAGUACUGCUGGUCCUGCGCCUGGUGCUGGCAUUUUAUCUCGCCCGGCAGGAAGUAUGGAAGCUUCGACGGGCAAAUCUGGCCAUGCCAGACUUCAAACUCCUGACCGGCCACUUCGGCGCGCUGAAACAAACAAUCCAGGGAAUGCCGCCGAACGCAACCCUCCACAGCAUAAUGCUGAAGCUCUCACAGCAAUUCCCCUCGGGCAUGUUCUAUAUCAACAUGUGGCCGUUUAGCGGGACAUGGUUAAUAGUCGCUACCCCAUCAGCAGCAAGCCAGAUCCAGAGCCUGAAUCUCACUAAACCGGAUAUCCUGCGCAGGCCCUUGGAGACGAUCACGGGGGGUCCUAGUUUAAUCAGUAUGCAUGGAGAGGCGUGGAAACGGUGGAGGGCGCUGUUUAAUCCGGGGUUCAACCCAACAUACUUGACUGGGCUGGCGCCGUACAUUGCCGACGAGGUGUCGGUUUUCUGUGAGCAGUUGAGGAAGAAGGCGAGAGAGCGCGAGAUGUUUCUGCUUGAGCCUCUCACGCUGAAAUUAACUGUUGAUACUGUCUGCUCUGUUGCGCUCGACGCACAGCUCCAUCAUCAGACGAAAGCCCACCCCCUGGCAGUAGCCCUACAGCGACAGAUUGAAUGGGCUUCCUUUGGAACCACCUUCAACCCGUUUAGGCGUUAUCUCACAGUCCGACCCCUAGUGCUGUGGUACAACAACCGUCUGAUGAACCAAUUUAUUAACCAAGAGCUCGAUCGAGCAUAUCAUGAGCAGUCGGGUCAACCAUCCAAGUCCGUGAUCGCGCUCGCUCUCAGGCAAUAUCUGAAAGAGCAAACCAACGGAAACACUGCUCGAUCACUAAAGGAUUUCAAACGCGAGGUUGCACCCCAGUUGCGCGUCUUCCUCUUCGCUGGCCGAGACACAACAAGCAGCACUCUGCUGUAUAUCUUUUAUCUCCUUUCGAAGCACCAAGAGGCCCUAGCAAAGAUUCGUACAGAGCACGACAAUGUUUUCGGGAGAGACCAUCAUCAGGCACAGACUCGAGUCCGCGACGACGCACAACUUCUCAACCAACUCCCCUACACGGUAGCCGUGAUAAAAGAGACCCUCCGCUUAUUCCCACCGUCCGCCUCAAUGCGCGAAGGUAGACCAGGAGUUGACUUAGUUGGAGACGAUGGUCAACAAUAUCCUACUGCGGGUUGCAAUGUCUGGACGUUGACAGUUGCCCUUCACCAUAACGGCCAGUACUGGAAGGAGGUAGAGUCGUUCAUCCCCGAGCGGUGGCUCGUCGGGCCAGAAGAUCCCUUAUACCCAGUGAAAGGGGCCUGGAGAGCGUUUGAGUUUGGUCCCCGGAGCUGUAUUGGGCAGACACUUGCGCUCUUGGAGCUCAAGAUUGUUCUAGUAAUGACAUUGCGGGAGUUUGAUAUCACGCCUGCCUAUGAUGAGUGGGACAGUCUGCACCCGCGGGACUCCGCUAAGCAGGUGAAUGGACAUCGUGCGUACCAAGCGGAGAAGGGGGGAGGAGGAGCUCAUCCUGCGGAUGGUGUUCCUUGUCGAGUUACCUUGCGGAGGUAG